AUGACUCAAUUGGAUCGUUUGCCAACUGAAUUGUUUUAUGACGUAUUGAAAUAUUUUUGGGCGCAUGAAGCUCUUCAUUCAUUUUCUAAUCUUAAUGAUCGCAUUGAUGCAAUUUUAAAAUCUUAUCCCACAUAUCGAAUCAAUUGUCGGUCCAUCAGAAAAUCAGCUUUUCAUCAUAUCUGUGAAUGGAUUUCACCUGAGCAAGUCAUUUCAUUGAUACUUUCGGACGAAAAUGACACACCCAGUCAAUCGAAACUAUUCCUAUCUUAUUUUCAAAUCGAACAAUUUAUAAAUCUUCGAUCGAUCUCAUUAAUUGAAAUCAACUAUGGAUCAUUACGCGAAAUUUUACCUAGUUUAUCUCAAUUGAAACAAUUGCAGGCUGUUUCGCUUGACGACUUCGGUGGGAAAGAAAUUCGUAUUGAUUCUAGAGAUAACCGACGAACACCACACAUGAACAUCUGUUCCUCUUCACAUAGGUUUUGUGCUGAAAUAUUUCUUCGACUUAGAUAUUUAUGUACGAACUAUUCAGAAGUAUUAACAGUGAUGCAUUUUCCAAAUCUACUUCACUUAAAACUAAAUUCUGGAACAUUAAUGUCUAAUGUGAACAAAAUUUUUCAGCAUGCUCCUCAACUUCAAUCUCUUACUCUUUGCCUCAGUAACCUGUAUGAUUUUACUGGAGGUCAACCAUGUUAUUCAUUGACACAACUUAGUGUAACAAGUGCCGGUAAGUACGAAAAUAGCAUAUUUUCAUCAGAAUUUAAACCGCUCGUCGAAAAGCGUCUCAAGCCACUGUGUAAAACGGAACAUAUAUUUGUAGGUGUAACAAUGUCACUCAAUGAAAUUGGACAAUUCUUACGUAAUUUUCCGAAUUUAACUCAUUUUGAAGUAAAAAUCUUGUAUCAAAAUGUUGAUAUGACUAUGGCUACUGGAUAUUAUUGGCAAACGAUUACCCAAUCGUUGUCCUCAUUCAGUUUUAAAUUUCGUUUACAAAGCGAAAUGUAUGUGAAUUCGUUUCGAACACCUUUCUGGGUUGAAGAAAAACGUUGGUUUGUCGCUUAUCAUGACCGAUAUCUAUUUACAAUUUCUGACUUCGCUUUACCGUAUGCGAACAUAUCAUCCAAUUCAUUUCUAUACUCAACAGUACCCAAUCAUCCAAUUCUCUAUAGACCUCAAAGCUCAAUCGUUCAUGAAAGAGCAUCUCUGACCCAUAACUUUCGAUUUAGUUCGGUUAAAACUCUUGAACUUUUUUGGAACGAUCGAUGGGAGAACUUAAUAUCAAUCUUUGACUUGGAACAGGUAGAAGAUUUGAGCAUUGGUCCCGCCUCAUAUCCUUUAUUGAAAUAUAUUCAACAUCAUAUGCCAAAACUUCACACUUUAAGUCUGGCAAAUUCGUCUGGAAUAUCAGAAAUCUUGCGUAUAUGUGGAUUAGAGCCGUUCAAACAGAAAAUUAAAUCAGAUAUGAUUUCUUUUAUUGAUAAAUUCAAACAAUUGACAAGUGUUUCCUUCGUUGUUCAUAAGUCAAUGAAAAACACAAUACUAGCUUCCCAGUACGAUCCCAGUUUGAUUAUUAAUCGUAUCGAACAAUAUCUUCAUUGUACUGCAACAUGUCAACCCGAGUAUCCGUCAGAAUAUUGUUCCACACCUAAACGGCUUCACUUAUGGCUUGGAAAACGAUCAUUAAAUGAUCAGCGACAAUCACAAUUGGGAUUUGUCUGGUGUCAAAUGAAGAAACUAUUUGAACAAUCUUCCAAGACCGAUCAGGAUUCGUAA